CGGGGACCACCGAGAGCUGGUGUCCCGGAAGUCCUUCCUCAGGUUCCAGGAGGCCCCACGCGCCCCAAUCUCCAUGGCAACAGCAAACUGAAAACACAGGGGCUGCGGGAGCUGCGGGAAGAGCAGUUUUAGCCAUCAAAUGACUUUUGAGAACAGUUGCCACCUUACCCCUACAAAGAGCCAUCUUUUUUCUGAAUUAUCUGGAAGCCCUGAUCAUGUCAUAAUUUCAUGGAUGACACGAGAAUCUGGCCAAAGUCUGAGAUGCAGUUUCUACAGCUGCAAUGAGAGAUUGCUACUCCUACAUUCACUUGGUGUAUAGAAUUCACAUUCACUGUAGUAAGCCUAAACAAACAGGGAGACCAAUUUUCUAAACAUAUGUACUUGGUGAAGCAAAAGUCAUUCAGUUGCAAUACAAGAUAAUAUAAUCAUCUACAGGUUGCUUAUUAUGGCUUUGAUUGACGAAACAAAAACAAAUGUAGAUGACCAUUUCCUGCAUGAAGUAUUGGAAGACACUAGUAAGCCUGCAGAAUGCAAUGGAAAUCUAGGCACUGGUGAUUUUUCCAGGAACAGUAACAACAGCAUUGGAAGCAUUGAUUAUAGCAGAACCCAAGGUUCAAGUAGAAAUUUUAGUUCUCAUUGUGAUUAUUCAGAAGAUUUUAUCUCUGAAUAUUCUGGAACAGCUGGUAAUGGCAGUUGUUUAGAGCUAUUUGAGGCAAAAGUAAAGAAGGAAGAGAAGAAAAAGAAAAAUGUUUCUAAAGUCUCCCAACCUAAAGGACUCAAGGAGAUCUCACCUGAAAAAGUGCAGAAUUGGAACACAGCUUUAACUUCUCAAAUUAAUUUUAUUACCCAAAGAAGGGAUGCUAUGGCUCAUCGCAUAAUGUCAGCAAGGCUUCAUAAGAUUAAGGAACUGAAAAAUGAAUUAGCUGAUAUUCACCAUAAGCUAGAAGCAACUGUCUUAGAAAACCAACUGUUGAAACGACUUCAGUUCAGGCACUUGAAAGCAAUAGGAAAAUAUGAAAAUUCACAAAAUAAUUUACCCCAGCUUAUGGCUAAACAUCAGAGUGAAGUAAAAAAUCUAAGGCAACUUCUUAGAAAAUCUCAGGAGAAAGAAAGAAAUGUAUCCAGGAAACUUAGAGACACUGACAGUGAGUUGUUAAAGACCAGAGAUUCCUUGCUAAUAUUGCAGAAACUAUCUGAAGACAAAAAUCUUGCAGAAAGAGAAGAACUUACGCAAAAAUUGUCUACCCUUACCACAAAAAUGGAGACCAAUGACAAAAGAAUACAGACCUUAGAAAAACAGCUGAGAUUGAACAGUAAUGCCUUUAGUCGUCAAUUAGCCGCUGAAAACAGAAAGACUGUAACAGCUAGAACUGCUACAAAGAACCUUCAGAUGGAAGUAAAACGCCUUCAACAAAAACUUAAGGAAAAAGAUCGAGAACUUGAUAUAAAAAAUAUAUAUACUAACCGGUUCCUUAAAAAUUUAUAUGACAAAGAUGAGCAAACGAAAGGAAACCAUGGGAAGACCACUGAACCUUGCAAAGUUUCUCCACCAACUAAAUCCAAACAAGCAGAAAAGAAAAAACAUCUAUUUCCAUAUCUAGUUCCACAUCAGUUGAAGCAAAAUACAGAAGAUAGUAUAUCUCUGCCAACUAAGGAAGAAAAACCCAUAGGAAAUGAUGCUGAAAAAGAAAAAUCAAUUGAUGUCAAUUGUGAAAUAAUCCAUGAUAUCAAUAAAUUACCAAAUGAAGAAGAUCCUGAAAAAAUGUGUAAAGAAGAUGAAACAUACAGCUGGGAAAUGGAAGCAGGUGGCAGCACUCAGGAUGUUCCAGAUAUACAAGAUUUUCUAAAGGAAGACAUCCACAGGGAAGUACAAACACCUCUGGAGAGUAAUGGAAAGCAAAGAGAGAAAAAAGAAGAUCUAGAAAAGAAACCUAAUUUGCUGAAAGAAGAACAAGAGACAUCAGCAAAAAUAGAACAUAUAAUUACUCAUUUGAGGGAAAACAAUCAACAUCAUGAUGUAGGAAAAGAAAGGUGUAAAACUAGUGUAUCAAUGCAUGACAUGGAUGAACUGCAUAAUAAAUAUGUCAUUCAAAAUAGCAGAAUUCCACUUAGGCAAAGAAAACAUUACUCUUUCACAGAAGCCACUGAAAACUUACAUAAUGGACUUCCUACUUUAGGUACAUCUAAUUUAGGCACUACCCACAAAAGUCAAGUUGUAAACAAACAACAAGGUAAUACAACUGACCUGAAGAUAGAAAAUUCAGUUAGUAGAUAUGAACCAUCAUUUGGUAAAUCUUCCAAAACAAAGGUAAAAGAUUCAUCAGAUGAAAAGAAUGGAAACUGUAUAAAAACAACUUUGAGGGAUAAGAAAAAUAAUCUAAUGGAAGAACUCUUUGGAUCAGGUUGUGUCUUAAAAAACAGUCCCACAAAUGCUGAUCUUAAAUCAUCUAAUAAAGAAAAAGAGAGUUUGGAAAAUGAUAGGAUGCAUGACCCUCAUAAUUAUCGAUCUACAGCCAUUAAUGCUUUUGGAGAUUCUAAGGUAACUAUGGUAAAGCCUAUUUAAAUCAUAUUCAUCCAUAGAAGAAGAAGAAGAUAAAAGUUAAUUAUUUCAGUACAAUUAACAUAUGAAUGUAUUCCAGUUUGAUGGGUUUUCAUUCUUGCCUUAUAGAGACAUAGUUUAGUUUUGUGUUAUAGAAAUUAUUCAAGUGCUUAUAACUUUAAUAUGUUAAUGCUUAAUUAGAGUGAAGAUAAUUAUAAUUGUGUUUCACUUAAGAAAAUCCGGAGUCCUUUAGACAGUGAUGCCCAAAUUUAGGGAAAUUCAUUUCUCAUAGUUUACAUAACAGUUCUGUACAUGAUAAUUUUGACUACCCAUUGCCUGCUAGGAAAGCUGACAUAGUCUAGGUAACAACAAAUACUCCACAAGCAAGAAUUUCAUUUGAGCACAUUGUUACCAAUAGUUAAAAGUGUUUUUCUAUCUUUUUCCUAGUUAUAGGACAUUUAAAUAGUGAGAAUAUUAUUCCAUGCAUAUGAUAUACAUUUGAAGAAUUUUAAAUAAAAAAUCAAAACUUUAAUAAGAAACAGACAGUUUUUGUGAUUAAGUGUUUGCUUUACAAUUUAGUUUCUUGGGAAGCCAACAAAGAGAACAGCUAUAAAACUAAACUAUUUUCAUGUCAUACUGGGAAAGUUUUCAUCUCAGCAAUAAAGCAAUA